AUGGUCGGAACCGACGGCUCGAUUAAUCUUGCCGUCUUCGGCUACGACGACUUUACUGAGUUUGUACUCUACAAGUACAAGACCGCAGGAAUCCGUCGACUCUGUGCAACUGAAACCCAAACUGGUGUUGUCAAGACAGGAACGCUUCCUGCUUUGGCCACUUCAGUUGGCACGCAUUCUCUUCGCAAGGGCGCGGCCACCUUUGCCAUUGGUGGCACGUUGUCGAGCGAUACGUCCACUACGACGGUGCUGGCGACCAGUACGUGGGCAGGGUUGUGGCAGGACUGCCUCAUGCCAGCGGCAGCUUUGCCACUUUACCACCUCAUUUUGCCCUGGCUGCAAUGGUGCAGUUGA